AGAUACUUAUCAAUUACACCCGUCAAACAAAGGCCAAAUGGCCAUGACUCGUAGCGUUGGAUCUCAAACUAGUGACAACAAUAACAACAACAACAACAACAGGUCAACUGAAUCAUCAUCCACAAAUUAUAUUCUCAUCAGUAAAUCAGCCUACGGUGAUGAUCAGCAACACGUACAACAAACUUCUAAUACUAUAGUCUCAGUACCAAAUGAAAAGUCGCCAGUCCCCGGUAGUCCUUAUGAUAGUGUCAAUACGGAUGAUUACGAAUGGGUCAGCGAAAAGCAAUCAACGAAGACAGACAAAGGUAAUCACUUUAAAUAUGCAUCCAAGCUGGCUCAACUUCAUGAAAUGGGAAUUACUUAUUGUGAUGACUUGGCUGUGGAACUUCUAAUGACACAUGAUGGAAACAUUGAUGUGAUCGUACCUAUGCUUUUGGAAACAAUCUAUCCAGAUUAAACAGUGUAUGCAAUCUUCUUCUCUUCUUUCCCCCGAAAAAAAAAAUGUAGUUUGUUUAUUGGUACCUUAUUAUCUUGAUCUUCGCCUCCCCCUUUUUUUUUUUUUUUUUUUUUUUU